AUGCCAUCCCGUUACCGCUCCGGUCGGCGAAGAAUUGCUGUCACAGCAUUCGUGGUAGUCGCACUCUUCUUCCUCAACCUCGGAGGAUUCAUUUCGCUCCCGUUGCACUUCGACGAAGCGAAGGCCGACCGCCCAAACCUUGCUGUCGCCCCGUCUUGCGCCUCGACCCUCGAUCACCUCCGUCGCCCUGCCUACGGCCUCACAAGAAACAUCGUGUAUCAAAAGCGAUGCAUUAGGCCGGCCAUCAACGCCAAGCUCGAUAGCCAGGUUGUGUCGCAGAACCCCAAUCCCCUCAUCAAGCGCGGACAAGUCGUCCAGCUGGACCAGGCAUGCGAGGGCUGGACCGAGUCAAGUUGCGAACCAAUCACGCUCAAUGUACCGCCGCCAUACCCCGUCCAAGAUUACUCUGGCUUCCUAUUCGGUGUUGCCACCAACCUCGAUCGCUUGAACGAGUCGCUGCCGCAGUUCGAGAGCUGGCUCGGAAACACACACGCUCGACUGUUGGCGGUGAUUACGGACCCUGGCGACGAACCCAAAUAUGAAGUCUUGACGAGGCAGUUUCACGAUCGCGGAGUCGAGCUGAUUAUCAAGAGCCCAUGGAACGACAAAAUCACCCCCAACGAGCAGCACUUUGCCAUUGUACGUGAACUGCUCCGUUACGCGACCCCCGAGACGAAAUGGACGGCAAUUGUGGACGACGACACCUUCUUCCCUUCCCUCUACCCGAUCAGUCAGAUUCUUGGCAAAUAUAAUCACAAUCUGCCGGCAUACGUGGGCGGCUUGUCGGAGAACCACGACGCCGUCAAUCACCAUGGAUACAUGGGCUUCGGGGGCGCAGGAAUCUUCCUCAGCCCAGCACUUCUUCGCGAGCUAGACCCGCAUCUCGAGGCAUGUCUGACAGCGGAGCAUGUGCCCCAGGGCGACGGUCUCCUCAAGCAGUGUAUCUACAGCAAGACCAAGACAAAGCUCUCGGUCGUGAAAGGACUCCACCAGCUGGACAUGGGCGGGGAUAUGAGUGGCUUCUACGAAUCUGGUCGUCUUCCCAUGAGUCUUCAUCACUGGAAAUCGUGGCACCAGGCCCCCGUCGACAAGAUGGUCAAGGUUUCCGAGUUUUGUGGAAGUUGUUUCCUGCAGCGGUUCACGUUCGGGUCCGACACGGUCUUCACCAACGGCUACAGCAUCGUCGAGUACUCCGCCGGGCUGGAGAGCGUUGAUCUGAACAAGAUGGAGGGCAGUUGGGAAGGGGCCGCAGGGUUUGAGUGGAGCAUGGCUCCGAUGCGAUCUAAGAUGGACCGUCGCCUUAAGAAGAGCUACCGUCUGAUCGAUUCAGAAAAGGUGGGAAAGAAUCUGCGGCAGGUGUACGUCCACCGUGUAGAGGAUGAUAUACCUGGACGUGAUGAAAAGGUGGGGAAUGCCAAGAAGGCUCCGCUGAAGAUAAAUGAGAUGAAAGACGAGGUGAUAGAGCUUUGGUGGGAGCUGUGA